AAAAUGCUCAUUUAUUCGCCUCCUCUCACUCUCAGCAUCUCCUGCCUGGGGAAAGUUACAACAUAAAAAGCAGCAGGUGCAGGACAAGCUCCGGGCGAUUGUGCUCUGUGUGUCCCUGUGCUGUGAUUUCCCUGUCAUUCCUGUCCAGCUGGAUUGCUGCAGUCGCUGCUAAGUUAUGGAUCAGCAGAAGUGGAUGAGCGUUCGCUCCCCGCGCUGCCUGUGAGGGAUAAUAAUACGCCGACGGUUUGGGAAUCGCAGCGGCCCCACACCCAGUGGCUGCUGCUCAGGUGCAGCGAUUUUACGCGGCAGAGCUGCAGUACUUUCCAAAGUCACUUCCCCGGCUGCUCAUUCAUUCAGCUUAGGGAGAAGCAAGCCCUGGGGAGCUGCUGUGUGUGUAUUGGGAAGCUGGUUACUGUGUGUUUUUGGGAGCUGGUUACUGUGUGUUUUUGGGAGCUGGUUACUGUGUGUAUUAGGGGGGUUGGUGUGUGUAUUGGGGAGCUGGUUACUGUGUGUUUUUGGGAGCUGGUUACUGUGUGUAUUAGGGGGGUUGGUGUGUGUAUUGGGGAGCUGGUGUGUGUAUUGAGUAGCUGGUGUGUGUAUUAGGUGGGCUGGUGUGUAUUGGGGAGCUGGUUACUGUGCGUAUUGGGGAGCUGGUUACUGUGUGUAUUGGGGAACUGGUUUCUGUGUGUAUUGGGGAGCUGGUGUGUAUAUUGGGGAGCUGGUUACUGUGCGUAUUGGGGAGCUGGUUACUGUGCGUAUUGGGGAGCUGGUGUGUGUAUUGUGGAUCGCUAGAGCCCGAGCGCAUCGCAUGGAGCUGCUACUAAGUGGAAGCAGAUGACUUGCAUGAAGGUCACUAGUGAGCGCGGCACCUGUAUCGGUCCAUUUGGCUCAUCUGAGAGUAAACAAGGGGGAGGAGGAGUCGCUGGAUAUCUGCGAGGAUAAGUUCUGGUGUCACUUUGCUGUUGGAUCCAGUCAGGAGCCAUGUCCCAGGCGGCGGAGAGGAUGCACUCGAAGAAAGCGGGGAUACGGGCGGCCGUGGUGCUCAUUGGUUUGCUGCACAAGUCACGGAAACAGAGAAGGAAACAGGAGCUGUCCAACACUUCAGAAGUGACCCUUCCUGAUCGCCCCGUUUCGCCACCUGCCACUGCUCCUCCAACCAUGAAGUCGGCUGAGUUCUUUGAGAUGCUGGAGAAGAUGCAGGUUCCAAAACUGGAAGAGCAGAAAAGUGGAAGUCAGAAAAAUAAGGAUAACUACAUACCAUAUCCCAGCAUCGAGGAGAUCCUCGAGAAAGACACGUCUUAUCCACUAAUUAUCCUGCCUCAGUUUGGAGGUUACUGGAUUGAAGAUCCUGAAAAUGUCAGCACCCCAACGUCAUCAGACAGCAGCAUAUGUGAUGAUGAAGAAGAACCAUUAAGCCCCAGCACCUACGGAUACAAGCUCGAAUACAAAGGCUCUGCUCGAGCUUAUAGAAAGCAUUUCAUGGGCAAGGAUCAUUUGAAUUUUUACUGCACGGCCAGCAGUCUAGGAAACUUGCUACUUUCAGUUAAAUGUGAAGAAUCUGACGGCAUUGAAUAUUUGCGAAUAAUACUCAGGUCUAAAGCAAAAACUCUACAUGAACGAAUUCCAUUGUCUGGGUUUAGCAAGCUUCCAAGCAUCCCCCAGAUUGCUAAGGCAUUAUGUGAUGAUGCAACGGGACUGAAAUUCAAUCCUGUUCUCUACCCCAAGGCCUCCCAGUUAAUUGUUACUUAUGAUGAACAUGAAAUCAACAACACUUUCAAGUUUGGGGUUAUAUACCAGAAAUAUAAGCAAACUUCAGAAGAAGAAUUAUUUGGCAAUAGUGAAGAAAGUCCUGCCUUCAAAGAGUUCAUGAAUUUACUUGGAGACACAGUGUUACUCCAAGACUUCAAAGGGUUCCGUGGAGGACUUGAUGUUGCACAUGGACAGACCGGCACAGAAUCCAUUUACACUGUAUUUAGGGACAAGGAGAUCAUGUUUCAUGUAUCUACCAAAUUACCGUUCACUGAAGGAGAUACACAGCAGCUGCAACGGAAAAGACACAUUGGUAAUGAUAUUGUGGCUAUUAUCUUUCAAGAGGAAAACACCCCUUUCGUGCCAGACAUGAUUGCAUCUAACUUUCUGCAUGCUUACAUUGUCGUGCAAGUAGAAAACCCAGAGACCGAUAUCACAACGUAUAAGGUAUCUGUAACUGCCAGAGAAGAUGUACCAUCAUUUGGGCCUCCACUGCCAAAUCCCUCAGUAUUUCAAAAAAAUUCGGAAUUCCGGGAAUUUUUGCUGACCAAGCUCAUCAAUGGAGAACAUGCAUGCUGCAAAUCAGACAAGUUUGCCAAGCUGGAGGAUCGAACAAGGGCAGCACUCUUGGACAACCUUCAUGAUGACCUCCAUGUACAUACACAAGCCAUGCUAGGCCUGGGCCCAGAGGAAGACAAGCUGGAGAAUGGUGCUCAUGGUGGAUUCUUAGAGUCAUUUAAGAGAGCAAUACGAGUCCGCAGCCAUUCCAUGGAAACUAUGGUGGGAAGUCAGAAGAAACAACAGUCUGCUGGGAUUUCCGGAAGCCUCAGUGGAGGAAUUGUCCAUACAAGUGCCGAAAUGACCAAAACCACCUUCUCCCCUCCUGCAGUUGUCGCAAAGACACAGUCUAAGAGCCCAAUAAAAAGGAGAUCCGGUCUAUUCCCUCGUCUGCACACGGGAGCAGAAACGCCAGAAAGUCGGACUCGAAGUGACAGUGUCACUAUGCCACAGAAAACCACAGAUGCUGGACCCACCACCCAGGAUGUAAAGUCAGAAACCUCGUCCAACCCCAGCUCCCCAGAAAUAGGCCCCAACAAAGAAAGGCCCUUCAGCAAACUAAAAGAAAAUGGAAAGUCCAAUAUCUCCCGUUCUUCAUCCAGUACAAGCAGCUUUAGCAGUACAGCUGGGGAGAGUGAAGCCAUGGAAGAAUAUGAGAGCAUGGGCAGCCAACCAUUGACUGCAUCACCCUUCAAACAGGACGUGUUUGUAUACAGCCCCUCGCCCAGCAAUGAAAACCAAGCUGCCACUACCCCUGUAAUCAUGAGCAGGAGCCCAACAGAUAUCAGAAGCAAGAAUUCCCCAAGAUCGAACCUCAAAUUCCGUUUUGAUAAACUCAGCCAGUCAAGUUCUGGCUCAAGUACAUGAGCCGCCAUUUACUUGAAGUGAAUCCUCAGUGUCCAUUUCUAAACCUGUAAAGGUAAAUUCACAAGUUCCACGGAUAGCUAAUGCCACGAUCCUCCAAUGGAUAUCUUAAAAUAUCAACCAGUUCCCAAUGAUUGGACAAAAGAACUGCCAUUUUAGCUCUCUCCCUGUGUCCAGUGAAACUUGUCUCGUGAAGCGGAGUUUAUAUAUCUGUCAAUCUAAUCCAUUAUGUCGGAAUUUCUGUAUUUUUUUUUUUUUACUGUUCAUGGAGGUUAGAAAGCCUUGUUACCUGAUUUGCACAAACUUUUUACUCAGCGCCACAUAUUUAUUCUCCAUGUGCCAAUUUCUUUGUGAAUGAGAAAAGCUGGAAUAGAUGACAUGGAAAGAAGUUCUCAGUGUCUCGCCCUGAAUUUGGAUUUCCUGUAUAGAAAUGUAUCUUGAAAUCUGAUAAAAUGGUUAUAAAGCUGCUGCUUUUA